UGCCAGAUUCCAGGCAGAGUUUAACUAACCACUGACAGCUCUGUAAACAAAGCAGGGACAAAAAGAGAACAGCUUUCCCUUUUCUGGUAGUCAUUUUUGGUUUGGGGGCUGCAGGGGAAUUCUGUAAUACUCGGCUUGAUGGCAUAUAAACCGAGGCUGGAAAGGCUUUGUAUAUGAAGAACUGUAAAGGGGAAAAUAUUUCAUGGACUAAAUCAUAAAGAAGAAGAUUUGGAUCUUUCCAGAGCUCUGAACGCUUGAACACUCACCAUGGAUGACUUUGAACGCCGUAGAGAGCUCAGGAGGCAAAAGCGUGAGGAAAUGCGCCUUGAAGCAGAGAGGCUGUCCUACCAGAGAAACGAUGACGAUGAGGAAGAAGCCGCCAGAGAACGUCGCCGACGGGCUCGACAGGAGAGGCUGCGGCAAAAGGAAGAAGGAGAUCUAUCAGGAGAAGUAACAGAGAAAUCAGAAGUUAAUGCCCAAAACAGUGUGGCAGAAGAGGAAACCAAGCGUACUACAACCACAGGGGGAACAGAUGAUGAAGCUGCAUUGUUGGAGAGACUGGCAAGACGGGAGGAGAGACGCCAAAAACGUCUACAGGAGGCCCUGGAACGUCAAAAGGAAUUUGACCCCACGAUCACAGAUGGGAGCUUGUCACUGCCCAGCAAGAGAGAAGUAAACAAUGUGGAAGAAAACGAGACCACAGGGAAAGAGGAAAAGGCUGAAACACGCCGAGGACGCUAUGAGAUUGAGGAAAUGGAAACGGUUACCAAAUCAUACCAAAGGAACAACUGGAGACAAGAUGGGGAAGAAGAGGAAAAAAAAGAAGAAAAAGACAAGGAGGAGGAGGUACAGGAGGAGAAACCAAAGGAAGUCCCCAUAGAGGAAAAUCAGGUAGAUGUGACAGCAGAAAAAUCCACAGCUAAAGAAGAAGUAGUAGAAACAAAAAAUCUAGCUAUAAAUGCAGAGGAACACAAAGCAGAGAAUGAUACAAAUGCUGUGCCAGAAAGGGAGCAGAGUAUAACGGAUGCUGUAGAUAAAGAGAAGCUUAGGGAUGAGGAAAAGACUGAGGAAGAAAGGAAGAAAGCAGAAGAAAGGGAGAAACUUGAGGCAGAAGAAAGGGAGAGGUUAAAAGCAGAGGAAGAAAAGAAGGCAGCUGAGGAAAAACAGAAAGCAGAGGAGGAGAAGAGGGCAGCUGAGGAAAGAGAGAGGGCUAAGGCAGAAGAGGAGAAGAGGGCAGCUGAGGAAAGAGAGAGGGCUAAGGCAGAAGAGGAGAAAAGGGCAGCUGAGGAAAGGGCGAGAGCUAAGGCAGAAGAGGAGAAGAGGGCAGCUGAGGAAAGAGAGAGGGCUAAGGUAGAAGAGGAAAAGAGGGCAGCUGAAGAGAAGGCUAAGCUAGAAGCAGAGAAAUUAAAGGCAAAACAAAAGAUGGAAGAAAAGAAAAUAGAAGAUAAACAGGUAAAAGAGAAGAAAGUACAAGAGGAAAAACCUCAAGCAGCUUUCCUAAGAAAACAGGGGGAAGAAAAAGAGGUUAAAGUGGAAGCUAAAAAGGAAAAGUUACCAGAUGAGAAGCUCCAACCCACCUCCAAAAAAGAUCAGGUAAAAGAUGACAAGGAUAAAGGAAAAGCACCCAAAGAGGAAAUGAAAAGUAUCUGGGACCGUAAGAAGGGAGUUCCUGAGCAAAAGGCACAGAACGGAGAACGUGAACUCACUGCCCCAAAACUUAAACCUACUGAGAAUGCUUUUGGCCGCUCCAAUUUGAAAGGGACCACAAAUGCCGAGGAAGUAAAGCUGGGGUCUCAGGUCGAGGCUGGAAAGCGGCUAGAAGAUCAGCGCCGUCGCCGAGGUGAGAGUGAGGAGUUUGAGAAGCUGAAGGAGAAGCAGCAGGAGGCAGCGGCAGAGCUGGAUGAACUGAAGAAGAGGCGGGAGGAGCGCCGGAAAAUCCUGGAGGAAGAGGAGCAGAAGAAGAAGCAGGAGGAGGCUGAGAGAAAAGCCAGAGAGGAGGAGGAAAAGAGGAGGAUGAAGGAAGAAAUUGAAAGGAGAAGGGCUGAAGCUGCUGAGAAACGUCAAAAGAUGCCGGAAGAUGGUGUAUCUGAAGACAAGAAGCCAUUUAAAUGUUUCAGUCCUAAAGGUUCAUCUCUCAAGAUAGAGGAGCGAGCAGAAUUUUUGAACAAAUCCGCUCAGAAGAGUGGUAUGAAACCCACCCACACAACAGCAGUUGUCUCAAAGAUUGACAGUAGACUUGAGCAAUACACUAGUGCAAUUGAGGGCACAAAGGCUGCAAGACCAGCUAAGCCAGCAGCCUCUGACCUUCCUGUUCCAGCUGAGGGUGUCCGUAAUAUCAAGAGCAUGUGGGAGAAAGGGAAUGUUUUUUCAUCACCCUCUGGGACAGGAACACCAAAUAAGGAAACUGCUGGACUGAAGGUUGGUGUCUCCAGUCGUAUCAAUGAGUGGUUAACCAAGACCCCAGAGAGCAACAAAUCACCUGCUCCAAAACCUUCUGAUUUAAAACCAGGAGAUGUAUCCGGCAAACGUAAUCUCUGGGAGAAGCAGUCAGUUGAAAAGCCAUCUUCUUCUUCUAAGGUAUCAGCUAUGGGGAAAAAACCAGAGACUAAUGCAGGUUUGAGACAAUUUGAGAAAGAACCGUAGAAGGCCACUAAAGACGCUGGACCAAUCAGUUGGGGGAAAAAAGGAAAAAGUGCUAAAUUGUUCUUUUUAUAUUUAUGUUUAUUUACCAAAAUGUCUUUUUGCAUUAUCCAGUUAAAACCAUGUAUAUUAGCACUGUAUUUAAUAAUCAGAAUAGACAUUCAUCAUAAUAGUACUGCCUUUGCACAAGAGCCUUUAUUCCUAAAGAAACCCAUGCUGUGAAAUAUAUAGACUCUCCUACUGAUAGUCAUAACUAACUAUGUACCUGAACAGUGAUUUCAACUGGCAUAAGAGGUCAACCCAAAAUGCAUGUAAAGUGAAGUUGCUUAAGAAAGGUGUGCAGUAAACCUAUGAAAACAAUGGUUA